CGUAAUUUUUCCUUCCUUUUUUUAUUAUUAACUCGCGUCGAUAGUCAUCCGGCCGCUGCUGUAUAUAUCUAUAAAAAUCCCAUGUUAGAAACGUCUGUUUACUAAACGCGAUCAGACAGUCUUUGUAUUAACAUCGGUGCAUCAUGCCGGAAGAAAAGCCAACCUACACCAAAGACCAAGUUGCCCAAAACAAUGGUCAGAACGGAGCAAGAACUUGGAUCAUCAUUCGCUCCGUGGUCUACGAUGUCACGGAUUAUUUAGAUGAGCAUCCCGGUGGUGCAGAACUGCUCGGCGAGUACGCCGGGGGCGACGCGACCAGAGGCUUCGAUGACUUUGGACAUUCGUCGGAUGCGGUGAAAAAGCUCAAGAGAUUUGAAAUUGGCACGUUCGACAAAAUGGCGAAUAAUGGCAAUGACAACAAAGGCAGCUCGAAAGGAGUCAAGUUCAGUAAUGGUCAUGAGGCCGAUGACAGCGCGGACACGUAUAAAAAGUCGAAAAAGCGACGAAAAUUCUUGAGGCUCAUAAUCGGCCAGUGCGGCUCGGGCUGAUUGGUCAAUGCAGAGCUGGGCGCAUGGUAAAAGCCGCGUGGGAAAGAACCGGGUCUUCAA